AUGUCGAGUGAAGGGCGUCGUCCCACGGAAUCGAUCGUGCGCCCAUCGUCAUCGCGCUCAGCCGACGUUUGUUUUGCUGCAUGGAGCACGGAUCGUAUAGGGCUGUUCAGACGAAAUCACUGCUCAUCUGACUGUGUUGUGCUUGGAGUUGAGACUGUUCUUCAAGGGUUCAACCUCGAUCCCAACCGCAAGCUCAUCCAUGUCACUUCGAGCGCAGCCGCUUCAGGUCGCUUUGACCCGACUACAUCUCGUCCAUGCUCCGUAACAAUCGUGACGCAUCUGUCGGAAAUCGGAGUGUCGACCGCGCUUUGUAGACUCAACUUGGCGGGUUCGAAGAAAUUUAUUUUUCAUUUUGAGGAAUCAGGAGUAUCACAGUUCGCACAACGACGCCAUUAUAUGUGCAGAAGUGACAAGGGACACUACAAGGCAGCAUUCUUCCGCAAAGAGAUGGCUUCGCUGGCGAAACUAGCGCUCCAUACUCCCGGCGGUCGAAAUCUCGACACGCUAUUUGUGAAUCGCACGUUAUCAGAGCGUCGCGAUGAUAUUGCUAUGAUUGUCACAUGUCAUACGGUCUGA